UUCCGGUAAAUUAGUAAAGCCAUUCCAAUAUGGCGUCCGCGUAUGUCGAGUGAGUGUCCUUUUGGGCUCAUUUUCAACUUGAAAAAAAGUUACGCUUUGUUUUUGUGCAAGUAAAAAAAAAAAAUACAACCCGCGCCUCCGUUUUUGUGAAUACUGGCGUUUGGAAAUGAAGGAGAGAGAACGUUCGCCAGCGAGGAAACGCUCACGGCUGCUAGACGACGGCAAAGAACGAAGAGGAAGUCUAGCUAGCAGCAGGAGAACGGCGGAGCUGCUAGCCGCCUCCGGCAACAAUUGCAACUCCUCAUCCAGGAAAAGCUUACCCGGCGACAAAAGAGACUAUUCGGACACCCGGGCUGCUAAUGGCUACGACUACGGAGCUCCAUCCGGAACACACGGUGGUGGCGAUCAAGCCUCGGACUCGUCCAGGUCCGCCUCACGCAGCGCCCCUCGGUCCCCAGAAAGUGAGUACAAGACUCUGAAAAUCAGCGAGCUGGGCUCUCAGCUAAACGACGAGGAGAUAGAAGACGGACUCUUUCACGAAUUUAAAAAGUUCGGUAACGUCAGUGUCAAAAUGAGUCGGGAGAACGACGACAGGGUGGCGUUCGUCAACUUUCGGAAACCCGAGGACGCCCGAGCGGCCAAACACGCCCGCGGACGACUGGUGCUCUUUGAUCGGCCUCUGAAGGUGGAUGCGGUCUACAUGAACCGGCGAAGAAGCCGCUCCCCUGUUUCUAAAGACGGUUUCCCCUUAGGACACAGGCAUGUUCCCUCUCAGAGACCACUCUCCCCCUCCGGUUUGGGCUACAGAGACUUCCGGUUACAGCAGAUGGCGAUCGGCCCCCUCCCCCCGCCCCCACUUCCUCACCUCACAGACGUUGAAAGAGAGGCAUAUUAUUCCCUUUAUGAUGCCCGAAACCAUGCGUCUUUCCUCCCGGAGGGUGCUGUUUUCCAAGAUGAGAAUUCACCCGAGGACGACCAGCGGGCAAACAGGACGUUAUUUCUGGGUCACCUGGACGUCAGUCUGACGGAGAGCGACCUGAGGCGGGCGUUCAACAGGUUCGGCGUCAUCACAGAGGUGGACAUUAAACGGGCGGUGCACGGACAGAGCAGCACGUAUGGAUUUGUCAAGUUUGAGAAUCUGGACAUGGCCCAUCGAGCGAAAGUAGCAAUGUCGGGGAAAAUACUGGGCCACAACCCGGUUAAAAUCGGCUACGGUAAACCGACGCCCACUACCAGGCUGUGGGUGGGAGGUCUCGGGCCAUGGAUUUCCCUCGGCGCACUGGCUAAAGAGUUUGACCGCUUUGGUACCAUCAGGACUAUAGACUACAGGAAAGGUGAGGUGUGGGCUUACAUCCAGUAUGAAAGUCUGGACGCUGCUCAGGCCGCCUGCACUCACAUGCGAGGUUUCCCUCUCGGAGGCCCUGAUAGGAGACUCAGGGUGGACUUUGCGGACACCGAACACCACUACAACCAGCAACAGCAGCAGCAGUACAUGCAGCCCCCUGUCCCGCUUUCCCACUACGAACUGGUUCCUGCGCCCUUCGAUCACCGCUUUGACUCCGCCAUACGAGAGCGAUCCCCGCUGUUACCGCCUCGCUUCAGAGAUCGGGAUCUAUCCUCGCCUGGGAAAUGGUCCGGCUUGGGUGUCCGAGGGGCCGGUUUCCUACCCGUACCUCACCUGGACAGGCAUUCCCGUGAGAACUGGCCGGUGGAACGCGAGUGGGAGCUGCAGAGCCGAGACGGAGGCCGCAGAAGACGUCCUUUGGAGCACGGAUGGCGUCCCGAGCGCUCCCCUGAGAGCAAAGACUACGCCGCGCACCGCAACGGCAACCCCGUCGAGCAGAGCCCAGGAGUGAUCAACAAAGACGGGGGUGGUGAUAGCGACCACGAACACUUGCGUGCGCCUAGAGUUCGCCCAAACAGUCAGGACAAGAGGAGGCGGACGCUUAGCCCGACUGCACCCGCCUCCUGCUCAGAGAGGGACCACAAACGCAAACCAAAGAGCCCCGCGGGGAAGGACUCGGGGCGUCAUUCUGUGCAGAAGCUGGGUCAGGUGUGGCAGGGCGUGCUCCUGCUGAAGAACAGCACCUUCCCCACGUCGCUGCACCUGCUCGACGGCGACAUGGCAGUGGCGUCCACGUUGUUGGUGCAGGGCUCCAAAGGCGGCCAAGCGUCGCAGCUGAAAAUUAGCCAGCGCCUCCGCAUGGACGCGCCCAAGCUGGAGGAGGUCUCUCGUCGCAUCAAAGCCGCCGGAUCCAGCGGCUACACCGUUCUCCUCGCCAUGCCCCUAAAGUGCAAGGACGCGACGGCUCAGGAGGCGAAGGACUCGACAGAGAGGCCGCUGAAGAACCUGGUCACCUACCUGAAGCAGAAGGAGGCGGCCGGCAUCGUCAGCCUCCCCGUGGGGGGCAGCCGCGGCAAGGAGCACAGCGGCGUCCUGCACGUUUUCCCGCCUUGUGAGUUCUCUCAGCAGUUUAUGGAUGAGUCGGCAAGAGCGUUUGCCAAAUCGGAGGAUGACUACAUGGUAGUGGUCAUUAUUCGUGGAGCAUCGUGAGGCCAGCUGAUUGUGUGACGAACUGUGUUGUGUGCUUUGUGUUCUUCCUAUUCAAGUUUUAGUCAAACCUCCAAAAAUGUUUUUUGCAGUGAAGUAGACGCUCCCAUCUACUGUUUAGUUUGCCGAUAAAUUCAUUGUUAAUUCUAAGAUAAUAUCACAUGACAAAAAAAAAAAACCUAACUCGAGUCUUAGUAAUACUUUUUUUAAAGUCAGUAUAUUAUUUCAAUGUUAAAUGUUUAAUGCCGUAGCUCCAUUUUGUGUCUCGUUUGGGGAGUUGGGUGUGUUCAAACAGUAAUGCUAACUAGCAAUGGUGCCAUAGUGUCUCAAGCCAGCAUUGACUUUCAUAAUUAAUUCACAAAAGAUUGACAUUUUAUUCUAAAAACAUUGUAUUCAUGACCACCAACAACCACAAGCUUGCUUUUAUUUGUGUCUUAUUUUUGUUGACCGUGAACCAUUUUUGUCCAAUCAACUAAAUUGUGUUAAAUAUUGUUUAUGUUGUAAUCAAAAUGAAAAUGUUAUGUAACCGGGCGUCAAUUGGACUCAAUUGUGAAAAAAAAAAAAAGUCAAGAGGAACGUGUGAGGGAAUGCCUCUCUCUUAUCGGACAUUUCCUGAGUUUCUUCUUCUUUUGCUUUCAAAUGGAACGUGUGUGUGUGUGCUGUAUACUCAGGAUCUCUGGACGCAGACAACGGAGAACGCCGGUGCUCGUGGGGAGUAAAACAAAGUGCACUUCACAGAUUGUGUCUCAAUAAAUUUGCUCAUUGGUGGGAACCACAAGGAAGACGACUUUUGUGACCUUUUAAUCUGUUCUUGGGAUUUGUCUAUCCGACCUCUAACAAGUCUCACGUGGCUCUGGCUGACAUCCGAGGAUCACAUGUGCUGAUUUACUGUUGAAUGACCUUGUUUUUUUGUUUUUUUUUUUUACAAUGCCGUUGUUUCCAGCUCAGCCGCUUGGGCUUUUGAGGGUCUCGUGGGGACCCCCCCGCAAGUUAACUUGCUAAUACUUGGAUUUCCAAGAUGAACCUCUCUGCAUCAGAGACGAGUUUGCUCUCCAUUAACUUGGAAUGAAAUGUGAUGCUUGAUGUAAAAUGUGAAAAGAACCUGUCCUGACGGCGCCAUUUGAGGAUAUGUAUCAUCAGACUUUACCGGGCCUCGUCUUCCAGCACACGGGACCAGGAUAGCUGCAUCACGGAUGAGAGACCGACUCCCUAACCCUAACCACAGGCUUGCUUUCCGGUGGAGGUCCGUCAUGUAGCAGAGGAAAGCCGACAACUUUUCAGUCAUGACAUUUUUCUCCACAGUCUUCCUCAGCGUUCCAAGACGGACACCUCAAAAUGUCCUGCAUGGAAAGUAUUGAGUGUUUCAGGUCAUUGUUGCGUAACGGUGACGUUGAAAUGAAGCCACGCUGACUCCAACGAGCGGAAUGAAGUCUGGGAAUUCAUCAUAAAAGGUAGGUCAAGACAUGGUGAGUACAAUUUACAUGUGAAUGUGUCACGUUUAUACCUGUCGUAUACGUUGUGCUUGCAUUUUUUUUAAAUAAAGUCAGCUGUUGCUGAAUAAAGAAACUACUUAUGCAGUGUUUUUUUUAUUUUGUAGUAAAAUGAGGGCAUUUACUACUAGCUUAAUUUAUAUUGG